AUGAGCUGCCCGAGAGAAAUAGUUGACGCCAAUCCAGGCAAUGACGGUGGUGUGGGCAAGAUGGACACCCCCAAACCCAAUGGUUGGUCUCCAGAUAACAAGAUGCUGCCCGACGCGCUGGACGACGGAGAGCAGCAGAUUAUCGAGGCCGGUGAGGCCAAAUACCAUCGUCUGGGUUGGAAACGCCUCACAAUCAUGCUAAUUAUCGAGGCCAUCGGUCUGGGAUCGCUCUCGAUUCCGUCCGCUUUUGCAUCCUUGGGAAUGGUUGCAGGGGUGAUCUGCUGUGUUGGCAUUGGACUAAUUGCCAUCUAUACAUCCUGGAUUAUCGGAAAGGUGAAACUCGCCUUUCCUGGCGUCCGACACUAUGGCGACGCCGGUGGUUUAUUAAUGGGCCGUGUGGGCAAUGAACUCUUCACCUUUAUGUUAAUCCUGCAGCUUGUUUUUCUCACUGGGUCAAACUGCUUGACGGGUACGAUUGCAUGGCGCCAUAUCACCGACAGCAACAAUGUCUGCUCGGUGGUCUUCAGCGUUGUCUCUGCUAUUAUUCUUUUGUUACUAUCCAUCCCGUCGUCUUUUGCCGAUAUGGCUUGGUUGGGCUACAUUGAUUUUGUAUCAAUCGUGGCGGCAAUCGGCAUCACCAUUAUAUCAACCGGUAUCAAAGGCACCCAGUCGGGACUUUCUCGAGUUGAUUGGUCGGCCCUACCACAAGGUGACCCGAGCUUUUCGGAUGGUUUCAUUGCAAUUAGCAACAUUGUGUUUGCCUACACAUUCGCCAGCUGCUUGUUUUCUUUCAUGGACGAGAUGCACACCCCCAAAGACUUCACCAAAUCGAUCUGGACCCUUGGUAUCCUCCAGAUAGUAAUUUAUACAGUUACCGGAGCGACCAUCUACGCCUUUGUCGGCAAAGAGGUCCAAUCGCCUGCGCUGCUCUCAGCCGGCUCACUUGUGAGCAAGGUCGCCUUUGGUAUAGCCCUACCAGUCAUCUUCAUUUCUGGUGCGAUUGGUACGAUUGUUGCGGGGCGUUUAAUUCACGGUCGUAUCUACGAAAACAGUGUGACCCGUUAUGUUAAUACAACCAAGGGCUGGAUUACCUGGUUGACUCUAAUCACGAUUCUCACGAUCCUAGCUUGGGUAAUUGCAGAGGCUGUUCCUUUCUUUGAUGAUUUGCUUUCGAUCACAUCGGCAUUGUUCACCUCGGGGUUCUCGUUCUAUCUCCCCCCAGUCAUGUGGUUCUUCCUCCUCCGCAAGGGCAGCUGGUACUCUCGGGAAAACCUUCUUCUCAGCAUCGUCAACCUCUUGGUCUUCAUCUUCGGUCUCGUCGUGUUGGUUGGAGGCCUUUAUUCCAGUAUCGAGGAUAUAAGAAACAAUUAUCGCACUGGCAACGUCCACAGCCCGUUCACUUGUGGUGCGGUCUAGUGGCACCUUUCUCUCGAAUUUUCCUUUAUCCAUCCAAGACCCAAGACCCGAGUAGUCCUUUCCUAAAUGGACAGCUGAAUAGCAAACAAUGUGUGCGCAGAUACACCAUUGGACACUUAAUGUACAUAGACCGCCAUGACCAGCAUAUAAUCUUCCAUUGACGCAUUAUCCCUUGAACAAUCUUUCACAACCCACCAUCCCAGGCUAAUAUGGGCUGAUUCCCACGUUCUCGAUGCAAAAUCUUGUCUUUAAAGCAGCCAAUCUCUAAACUCAAGACUUAACACCAUUCGGCUCAACAUGACAAUUCAUGAGCGAUUUUCGCAAUGCAUGUUGCCUCCACGUGCUGUUUACCGUUCUCAUUUCGACAGGCAUCCAAGGAUAUC